AUGUCGCACGAGAAGGCAUGGCUGGAGGCUGUGGACGUAAUCUUGCAGUGGGUGAUGGGCGCGCUUCAAGGUGACGCAAACUCCAUACGCCUCAUUGCGUUUUUAUUGAAGAAAUUGGGGGAUACGCCGCCCCAGGUGCCCUCGCAGGAGGGCAGUUGUGACUCCCGCUGUACGGGCUCGCGCGCCGCAAUGCAGCGGAUUCUGGCGGAGGGGAAAGGCGCCAGUUCAGACAGCGCUGGCCUGGAUACUUGCAGUGCUGACUGCUCCGAACGCAAUUACAUUCUUAAUAUACAGACAGACCUUUUCCGGAGUUUAUUUACCUCUGAUGUCUUCAGUGAUAUGGCGAAGCAGGUGUGGCCAAACAUGGCUUAG